AAACUUACCAAACUUCUUACAGUACUUCGUACCCACGCCUCGCCUGCAGCCUGCCAAAACCCGGAACCGGCUUCUCCUUCCGCCGGAAGUCAUUGCUCUGACGUGACUACGUUUCUAGUCGAGCUCUUAUGGCCGAGACACCAAGCAAGAGGCGCUCCGCCCUCCUGGACGCGGUCGCUAUGGUAACCAGUCUCUGCUUCCAAGGAGUUUACCAGCACAGUAAUCAUCAGUGAACAUUCAUUGAGGUGGAGCAAGGCAAUCCACUAAGCUGGAGAGACAAAGAGGACCACUCUGACUUAUCUGUGAACUUUCCAAUUACCUUGAAAUUUGAAACCUUGUGAUGAUCUCUUCCAACCAUCUGAAAAUGGCAAAAAGAGACACAGAUGAUCAUGGAGCAUCCGUUUCUCAGUCUUCUUUAUCCCCCUUGACUAAAGCCAUGAAGGCAUCACAGCAGAGCAGCACCAAAGGCACCUUCAGUGGAGAUACCGUUCACCCAAUUUGCAAAUGUAUUUCAAAAGAUUUACCAAGAGAUGCAGAGUUCUCUUCUGUAAAAUUUCAGCCGGCCCACAAUUGGCAGAGAUCAUGUCAAAGACACAAACUUCAUCCCAGAGUGAUUACAGUAACAGCUUACAAAAAUGGAUGUAGAACAGUCUUUGCGAAAGUUAUAGUACCAACCAUCACCUUGUUGCUGGAGGAGUGCACAGAAAAGCUGAAUCUGAACAUGGCCGCACGACGAGUGUUCUUGGCAGACGGCACUGAAGCCCUCAAACCUGAAGAUAUACCCCAUGAAGCCGACGUUUAUGUUUCAACAGGAGAGCCCUUUUUAGAUCCAUUCAAAAAAAUUAAAGACCAUCUGUUGUUAAUGAAGAAAGUAACUUGGACAAUGAAUGGCCUGAUGUUUCCUACUGAUGUCAAAAGACAGAAAACCAAGCCUGUUCUUUCUGUUAGAAUGAAGAAACUCACUGAGAAGACCUCAAUCCGAAUUCUGUUCUUUAAGAAUGGCCUGGGGCAAGAUGGGCAUGAGAUCACAGUGGGAAAGGAAACAGUGAAAAAGGUUUUAGAUACUUGCACAAUGAGAAUGAACCUAAAUUCACCAGCCAGAUAUCUUUAUGAUUUGUAUGGCAGAACAAUUAAAGAUAUUUCAAAAGUACCUCUGCUUGAAAAAUGCCUGCAAAAUUCCAUCACACCUUUGCGGGGACCAGUUUGGGUCUCUAAGGGAGAAGGUUUCAGCCCCUCAGGAGCUAAGAUGUACAUCCAAGGAGUUCUUUUGGCCUUGUACCAACGACUAAAGUCUGCAAAAAAAUAUUAUAAACAGUUGAACCUGGCUAUAGAUGAACAGAAAGAGAAAAUUACCAAAAAAAUAAUUCUUUCAAUAACAGCGAAGGAACACCAUAAGGCACAAGAAGAAGUGAGCAGGCUGAUUGAUGAAUUGCAGACAGCUAUCAAAAGCAACAGAGGUCAUCUCUCAAAACUUGGCCCCCAAUUACAGGCUGAGCAGGAGCAAUUCUCCUCUUAUGUCUACCAACACAUUAAAAGCCUUCCAGCAAACACUCUUAUCCCGGGAGGCCUGCAGCUCAAGAUAUUUGAAAAUGGUAAAGACACUGGAGAGAUCUCUGUUUGUAUCAGCAAAAAAGACCUGGAGUCUAGUAGCCCAACACAAACUGGUGAUAUGAUGGAAAAACUACUUCUCAAGAUCCAUCAGAGGCUUCAAGGAUCUCCCACCAACCCACUAGGCCUCAAUUUUUCUUCAAUCCGGCUUUUUGAUGAGCAUGGUCAAGAAAUUAAGAAUCCACUUUUGCUGAAGAAUGAACAAAAAAUUUGGGUCUCUUACGGUAAAGCAUACAGAUCUCCACUAAACCCUGUUUUGAGUCUGACCUUUGACCAGGUGACUGCAUUUGACAGAGAUGGCAUUACAGUUGCAUAUAAAACCUUCUUGGAUCCUAAUGCUGUUCUCCUACCUGGAUGUGACAAUUGGGAAGUUUGUGAAGGAUUCCCAGUUAAUUUCAAUGGUACCAGUCAACAGAUACCUGAUCAAUUUGAAAAGGUGGACUUGGAGAACCAUUUCCUACAGAACAAGGCGGAUCCCAAUAUUGUCCUUCAUGCCUCUGUUUCCAUCAGAAAGCGGAGCUCCUCAAGCAGGGAAGUAAGCAGUGGAAGUCAGAUGUCUCCAUCAACCCUGUGGCCUGCAGCUAGUGUUUGGCUGAUCACGAAGACUGGAAUGAUCCUGAGCCGGGCGAUAACACAGGGCUGCCUGGCUAUUGGUCACCCAAUCACAGUCAAGCCUGCCGAGGGAACAUCACUAGAAGGGUACAAAUUAAUCCUACAGAAAAGACAUAAAGGAGAUAAUUCUCAGAAGUGGGUGUUUGGAACUGACAGCUGCAUUUAUUCUAAGGCUUAUCCUCAGUUUGUUCUGACCUACCUGGAGGAACUAAAUGCACAAGUGGAUGUGACCCAGACAGAGUAUCACAUUCACCAUGGUGCCCGGACUAAAGCUCAUCAUGGUAGCAGCUUAGCAGAAGAGGUUCUGGAAAAAAGUGCCAGCAUCCCUGGUCUGAAGCAACUGCCAGAGCCUUCAGACACCCAUUUAAUGCCAGAAGGUUCUCUUGGGGAGACAAGGCAGCUGACGGUGGCACUGGUGAGGAAACUGGAAGAGAAACAUCCUAAGGCUUCUGCUCAGAGGUGGGCCAUAAAACACGAAGGGACUAAUAAACCGGGCCAGUGGAAACAUUCCAGAGUUGAAAAUCCUCUCUGGAACAAGCUUACCUACAUGUGGCCAGUUCUUCCCAGUGGCCAACUUAAUAAGGAGUUUGAUUGGCCAAUAGAAGGAUUGCUGAUUCCAAACAGUCCUCCCAUGAAGAAAUCCAUCUGUAAGACCCCAGGGCCACCUGUCCCUGUGAGGCUGAGAGUUUUGCGGAAUGGAGACAAGAAUAAAAACAGAGCCAUUGUUCUAAUCAGUCCAGAUGUCUCACCUGGACGGAAAAUUAUAAAUGUUGACACUGAAAGGAAAAAGAAUGUGAAAAACUACAAUACUAAAUAUCCUGUAACAGAAAUAAUCCAGACUGAAUUUCACCAACUUUUGGAGAGGUGCACCGAAAUUUUAAAUUUACCCUCUGCAGCUCGGAGAUUGUUCAAUGAAAAGGGAAAGGAAAUCUUUGCCCUAAAAGACCUCCGAAGGGACGAAUUGGUAUAUGUUUCAUGUGGAGAACAUUGGAUCAAUCCUGAUGUGUCCGUUGUUCAGCAAAAGAAGCAAAUCUUCCUGAGGAACUUAGCAUCAGAUAUUUCUAAAAUUCAAACUUUCUGCAGCAUACAUAAGAUAGAGGCUCUUGUUUUAGAAGUGCAAAGUGACAUUGUGUCUGGAGCCAAGCUUGCUGUGCAUAAACCUGUAGCAAUUUUUGGAGAAGAAAAGCAAAUUAUGGGACCAAAGGAAAAGCAAAUGGAAAAAAAUGCUUUAACAAUGGAAAAUGCUUCCAGUGAAAUUCUAGAUUCACAUGCAAGAGCCCAUCUUCGAAUGAAAGCUUGUCACACACUUCCCAGAUGUGCCUGGCAGGAAACUCCUCAUGACUUUGAUGAGGAUGACAGUCUUACAAAGAAAAUGGAAGAAGAACUCUUUGAAAAUGUGGAACCACAGAAGAAAUACAGCUAUUCUCCAAAGCAGAAUAAAUUGCAGAAGCUUUGCCACCAGCAGUUUGAAUACAGAGAUGAGCAAAUUAUAUGCCAUGCUGCUCCUCAGUUAGUUUUGGGAGUAAGAGGUCCUGAUCUGCGUUCAGACACGGAGGUAGUUUUGGUGGAGAAAAAAGUGGGUGACAGUCAUCAACGAUGGAUGCACAAGGAAGGCAGCAGGACCUUUCACCUGGUGAGUAACCCGGACCUUGUGCUGGCAGUGUCUAUGACCAAAGCAAGAAAUGAAGUCUGUGGCUAUCCAGUUAUUGUUCAGCAAUAUAAACCUUAUAACAAUGGGACUUCCAAUCAAAAGUGGAAUUACAUGGAAAAUAUCAAAGCUUUCAUGGCCUUUCAUAGCACUGCACUUGAUAAGGAAAUCACAGCAGCAAAUUAUGCUGGUAUUUGUACAUCCUCUGUGAUUAAAGAGGAAAACAUUGAUCAACCAGGAUACUGUUAUCUCUCACCCACUGGAAAGAGGAAAAUUGUGCUCUGCUUAGCGUGUGGACGAUCCAUGAGAGCAGAGAAGGGGUUGAAGCAGUCGCUUCCAGGGCUGCCGUUCCUCUGUGCCUCUGGCUCCAAGACCCAGAAGCCCUUCUCACGAGGGCCUUUCAAGGUCAUCAGUGUGGCAAAGGCUGAUUUAUCUUCUUAUGAGGCUGAGAAAACACUAAGUUAUUAUGAAGAACGUCUAUUAUCUUUACGGAUGAAGACCUGCACACAAGUUGUAUCUCAUGGUGGUCUAGCAGCUGUGCACCAGAAGGCAGUGAAAAUAAUUGCAUACAAAAAUGGAGAUGGAUAUCGAAAUGGAAAGUUAAUUGUGGCUGAAACAUUCCCCACACUUCUUACAGAAUGUACGGAGCAACUUGGUCUUGCCAGAGCAGCAUCCAAAGUUUAUACCAAAGAUGGAACCACAGUCCUUUCCUUACGUGACUUGGUUUUAUGGGCUCUGGAUGAAUCUUUCAUCCAGAGAAAUGCUGAGGAACCAAAGAAAGAGGCAGCCUCUGUUGGGACAAAAGAAGCAACUAUUAAAAGUAUGAAAGAAAACCCAAGAACAAAAGAGAAAACCACAUUAUUUCCAAAGUCUGUGACAUCUGAUAGUUUGGAUGGUGUAGAUAAGUCUUUGCUCACCCUCAUCCUCAGAAAUCCCAUUGCCAUCUGGGUAUCUUGUGGUGAACCAUUUCUAUCUCCAAAUGCUUUGCAGAAAGUAGAAAAAUUAGAAAAACAGAACUGGCUAAGAAAGGACAAAAUUUUGGCUGAUCUAGACACCAUGAAACACAAAAUGAGACAGUUAAAAGGGCGGCGAGUAGCAGCAUGUCAGCCAGCCGCCAUGGUUCCCAACAAAAACCCUGUGCAGCCGGUGGUGAUGGAAGGAGGAUGGACCGAGAAGACUCAAGAGGAAAUUAAACUCAUGGAGCUCAUAAGACAUACAGAGGAGCACCUUUCUGCAGUUCAAGAACUGCAAUCCAAAAGAAAUUCUACAGUUGAAACUAAACGUAUAGCACUCGUUCAGAGCAGGCUGUACAAGCAGCCCAAUGCAAAACGAGUCUGGAUUUAUCCAAAUGGAGGCAGACCUGAAGAUGGUACUUACGCCUGGGGCAAAACUAUUUCAGAGCUGCUGGAUGACUGUUCCUCUCGUCUCAAAAUGGUCCACCCAGCCAGAACACUGCACACCCCGGAUGGAGAACCAAUUUACUCGUGGGAUGACAUAGAGAGAGACAUGGUCAUCUGCGUAUCCACAGGACGUGGCUUUAUAACCCAAAAGAAAUUAAAGCAACUGAUGGAGAUCAGAGCAAAUUAUGCCAGAAUCCGAAGGCAGCAGGGCCCUCAAGCCACAAACAUUGUGGUGUCACGAUCUGAAAAGCUGCAAUUUCCGGAAAGAAAACUUCCUUCACCUACCUGUAAUCAGAAGACUGACAGAAAGACCAAUUAUUCAGAUUGCUGAAGACUCAAAUUUAGGAAAAUCCCCUUUUAUAAAAGAAAUCUGUGUGGUUCAUUUAAAAAUUUAGUCCUAAAAUUUAUCUUUUAAAAUAAAUUGAUUUCUCAUAGACUGAUUUUGAAAAAUUACCAACACUGAUAAAUCAGCUACAAGCUAUCUAUAAAUUAGUAAGAAGACAUAUAAUCAAAGGCAGCAUUAGCCAUAGAGACUUCAUAUUCCAGUGAAAUCUUGCAUAUAUUGUCUAGUUUUUCCAGUCUGUAGAGUGGCCUGUUGGAAAAAGUUGCAUAUAUAUUGAACACAUAUUUUGUCUCCCCAACUGGACGGCAAGGGCCUGGAGGGCAGGGACCCUUGUUUUUAUUGACUUGGGACAGGGCUGUACCCAUAAGGGCUCAGUGAUAAUGCCCAGCAGUCCCACUGCCAGAGCAACAUAAUGGGCAGUUGAGAUUCAGCUCUCUUCCACUCUUGUGCUAGACCACAAACUGAAAUUACAACAGGACAGUGGGAACAGAGGAUCUGCUUUAUAGAUUUUCAUUUCAGUCAGCUGUUCAGGAGCUACAUGCUCAGAGUCAAAUUAAAUCGAGUUAUAGUUGAAUAGUCCUUUCCGCUCUUCAGAGACAAGAAACGCUUCUCAAAAUUGUGCAAAUGAAAUAAAUGUGAUUGUGUAAACUAGGCAUCUUAUAUUCUUAAAAAAUUAUCUUUAAUGAUUAUACAUUUUGGUUUAAGAUGCCAAGUUUAAAAAAAAAUCUAAAAAUGAAGUGAAAUUACUUCUAUAUGAAUUGACAACAUUUAAAACCUCAACAGACUUUGUAAAGGAAUUCUCAAACUGUUUUGGUUCAUAUGCUACCUUAGAGAAUCUUGAAAAAACCAUAAACUUACAAAGUGCACAUACAAAAAAAUAAGCUUUUUUUUUUCAUAUCAUUUCACAGAGUUCACAGACCAACCUGAAGAACAUCUGUAAAGAACUUCUGAUAUAAGGGAAGAUAUUUCUUUUUAAAAUUUUUUUUAAUGUUUAUGUAUUUUUGAGAGAGAGAGAGAUAGAGCGUGAGUGGGGAGGGACAGGGAGAGGGAGACAGAAUCCAAAGCAAGGAGGUGUCAGCAUAGAGCUGGAUGCAGGGCUUGAACUCACAAACCACGAGAUCAUGACCUGAGCCGAAGUCAGACGCUUAACUGACUGAGCCACCCAGGUGCCCCAGGGAAGAUAUUUCUGAUUUCCAUAAUUUAUAAUGUUUAGGGGACCUAGGAUCUAUACCUCUCAACGGAAGAUUUCAAAACAUAUGUCAGAUGAAACAGAUUCUAAGCUUCACUGUGGUAAUGUUCUCUUGUUAUAUUCAAAAACAAUAAACCACGAAGAUUUUUUAUCAUCUCUGAGUAUGAAUUUUGCAUCUAUGAAUCUUAAAUGGGAAAAGAGAAGGAAAUAUAAACUUCAAACAGUGUUGUUAAUUUGGGGCAUUCCUUGGAGAAAACACUUAUUACCUGGAAGAAAAAAAGCUAAUUAAGUCGACAUUUCUUACAAUCUCAAAACCAUUUUACUUGCUACUCUUAGAGGCAGAAGGGAAUACAUGCUGUUUCUCUUUUGUCUGUCAGGAGAAUAAUAGGGAACGCUGACAGGCCCAGCAGCCAGCAGCCCCAAUAGUGGAGACUCCGCAGAGGAGUGGCCUUGGAUGUCUGGAGCCUGCCUGGAAAUCACUGCUCCCUGGCUGCAGAGAAACAGAGCACCCUGGAUUGGAACUUCCAGCUGUCUGUACUUUUAAUGCACUUGUGCAUAACAGAGUGAUGUUUCCAAAGGUGCAGAUAACUUUCUGAUCGUUUUAUUCCGAGGCAUGUCACGACUAUACUUCAGUUGAUCACGUCAAAACUAACUGUACUCUGUCAGAAAUGAUGUUAAAAUGCCUUUUAAUUCUCUUUGAGGUAUUUGUUUAGAAGCCACCUUAAUAUUGUUGCAUUUUUAUAUGAAAAAUCUAUUGGAUUAUGAUUUAAUGUCUCUGUCCUUGGCUAGAGUUCUCAGAUUAGAAAGGGACUGGAUUUAGGAGCCCAAGAUGCCUCCAGAGCUGCUCUGUCUGUUCUCUGCUUUGUUCCCAGAGCCCAGCACGGUGCCUGGAACACAGUAGGUGCUCAUUAAAUCUUUGUUAAAUAUCAAAUGAGAAGCCGUGUUUCAACCCUGGCUGUGCUUCUUACCACCCAUGGGACAUAUCUUUUUUCUCAACUGUGAAAUGAGAAUACUAAUAUUUCCUUCAACCCACCAAAAGUUGUUUUUAGCAUCAGAUGAGAUAAAGCAUGUAAAAAUCAUUUUUCCUAAAGAAAAGAAUAAUCUUCAAAUUAGGCAUAUGAUCUCAUGUAGAUAUAAAAGAAGUUAUGUACCAUUGUACUAUUAUAGAGGAAAGAAAGGAGAUUACAGACUUAGAAUUCAAAUUCAAGUAUUAUUAUUUUAUAGAAUUUUAAUGGUGAAAUGAAGAAGGCGAGUGUUCAGAUGCUAGAAACGAGAGACCAACACACCCUGGGCCCUAAUGCAUCAAAAUUAUGAGCUUUCUUUAAUUCAUGUGCACAACCCAAGAUAGCUCAGAGUUGCCUGGUAGCCAGUAGGGGAGAGGUUGCAUGACAUUUAUGUAAGUUGGGAAGAAGGGACCCUCUGAUCCUCAAUAGAGAAGGGGGAAGCAGAUCCUUCAGUUGAAAGUUGGCAAAAUUAUUUUAAAGGGGUGCUAAUCACAUACUUUUAUAUGAUUGUGGUUCACUCGAGAAUUUAAGAAUCAAUGAAUACCCCAAAUCUAGAGGAAAUUUAUAUCAUUUGUUGAGGUAACAUAUGGAAUUUCUGGGAUCUGCUAGCACUGUUUUUGGGGCUGCAGCUAUAUUGCUGAAUGAGAAAGAGUCUUAGCUCUCAUGGACUUUACUGGCCUAGUGAAGGCACACAGUCAAAAAAAAGGGAGACAAAAAAUAGGUAAGAUAACAACUAGCGAUAGGUGUUACAAAGGAAAGAACCCUGGUUUUAUAGGGAUAGGAAGUAGCUAGACAAAUUGAUAUUUAAAUGCAUAUAGUUGUCAAAACAUAUUUGUUAUGGGAAUGAAUAAGUGAAUGGUGAUAUAAAAAAUAUCACAUGCAGAGGAUAAUAACUGUAAUUUGCUACUUUAGGAAGCACUCUUUUAAAUAGUUUGGGGAAGAGAGCAGUAGACUUGGAGUUAGUAAACAAGGAAUCAUCUCAGCUCUACUCAUCAAGCUGUGUGAUCUUGGGAAAUUCACCUAGGCUCUCUGUGUCCUGAAUAUAAACUAGAAAAUAUUAUCUGAUUCAACAGAAGACUCUCAACUUUUAGGUAUGCUGGCUUCUGACAGAGGCAAAGUGUAACAAAUUUUGAGAUGUGUUCUGAAAUGUUAUUGAAUUUAUCUGUCAGGGCCUCAGGGAAUUGCCAUCACCUCCACCAUCACCACCAGGGUUGUCAGGAGGGAAAGUGUUGCCCAGUAGGCAGGAGCACAGGUGCUAGAGGCAAUAAAUGUUAGGUAGGAAGCUACCUUCUACGUAUCAGACACUAUGUCGGUUCUUUACAUUCAUUAACCUGUUUAGUCCUCAACAAGUAUUAUUAGCUCCAUUUUGUAGAUCUGGAAACUGAGACACUAAUGUUAGGUAAACUGCCUGGGGUCUUACAGCUAAAAAAGGGCAGAGUGAAGCCUCACACUAAAAGCCAGGACGCUAAACCUCUAUACUAACCAUUGUCCAUUCAUUCAUUCUAGAAGUAUUUAUUUAUUGAGCACCCAUUAUGUACUAAGUAUUUGUUUGAUCAAUCUCAGUUGGGCAUGAAACAGAUAACCCUCCUUUGUGUCAAGAGAAAACAAAAUACACAGGAAAGAGAAAAAAAAGAAGUGAAUACAAAGUAUAUCCUACUAUUCCUUUGAUUGAACUUAGGAGAUGCACAUACUUUUUGCUACCACUCUCUGAGCUUCUGGAAUCUGUCUGUCUGCUCUCUGUUUGAACUUGGGUAAAUAUAAAGCUUAUAUUUUCCUCUGUUCCCUGAGCUUACAGAAUCCCAAAGCAUUUGGUUUAGAUUAAAUCCGUUGACCGAAGCAUUAUAAUUUGACUUCAACAUAGAUGAUCCCAUCACCCGUCGCCUUAUCUAACCUAACUGCUUAUUACAGUAACAGAGUACCCUAGUCUGGGGGCAGGGGCAGGCCUGGGGGAGAAGGUCACUCAGGUUUAGCAGCCACAUGUACACAGCAGGAUGGUAUCCUUUUAGAAUCAAGAGGGGUGGAUUCAUAAAACUCAAUCAGGAGCAUGUGUGCGUUUAUACAAGCCCCCCCCCCUUUUUUUGCCUGAAUCUAAAUUAUAGAGAUUUUAAUAGCUCCAGUAAUUAGACAAGUAUGCAGUCAACCCCAUUAUGUUCCUGUGUAAUAUCACACUCCCUAGGGCCCACCUUCCCUGCUUGCUGGGCUCCC